AUGGCUAGCCUUCUCCGUUUACUACGCACCCAGUAUAACCCGCCCGUCGACCCCAGUGGGGUUUCAUUUGCAGGAAAAACGGUCAUUUUGACCGGAGCUACCUCCGGACUGGGGUUUGAGGCCGCCGUCAAGCUCCUCAAUCUCGGGGUGGAGUCGCUCAUUAUAGGGAGCCGGAACCUCCAGCGAGGCCAAGCGGCAAAGACGGAGCUUGAGAAGCUUACAAACAGACAAGGGGUGAUUCAAGUAUGGCAGCUGGAAAUGAACAGCUUCCAGAGCGUCAAAAGUUUUGCAAACCGGGUGAACGAGGAGCUGCGCCAAUUGGACAUUGCGUUACUGAACGCCGGAAUAUGGAACCGCGAUUUCGGCGUAUCGCCCGAGGGAUGGGAGGAGACAUUGCAGGUCAAUACGUUAUCUACUUCCCUAUUGGCGCUUUUGCUCCUUCCGAAACUAAGGAGUAGUUCAUCCUUGUCCGACCCGGCUCAUCUUACGGUCGUAUCCAGCCAACAGUUCGUGCGCGUCAAAGCCAAGAGUCUCCGAACGGUGCAGCCGUUGUUAAAGCAUCUGAAUAGCCCGCAGUCCUUCAAAGGCCCAAGGCAGUAUGGUAUCUCGAAGCUUCUCCUGGAAUAUGUUCUCAAGACAGUAGCUGGUCUUGUUCGGAAUGAGAACGGCACCGUGCCGGUCAUCAUCAACACUGUAAGCCCUGGGUUUUGCGUCUCAUCUCUUGGACGGCAGUACAGUAGAUUCUACGAGCGAUGGGCGACGUGGUUGGCUUAUAAGCUCUUUGCUCGCACGGCGGAGCAAGGAAGCCGGUCGUUGGUCAGUGCCACUUAUCAGGGGGUGGAGUCGCAUGGGAAAUGUUGGCGGAGUGAUGGAUAUCUAGAUGAAUCUGUGGCGUUAACAACAGGAGCGGAAGGGAAGCAGUUCCAGGCGAGAGCGUGGACGGAGAUCAUGAACGAGCUGGAGGAGCAGUCUGAGGGGCUGAAGGAGUCAAUCAGGGGGUGGUAA